UGCUGAUUUAUAGCUGAGAUUUCCAGUUCCCUGGGCAGAUGGAAACAGGGAAUGGUGAGACCCUGGCUAAUGGUAGUUCUGUCUUUUCACGAAUUCAAUCAAUUCCCGCCCGUGCCUCAACCUCUGAAUACUCUUUCGAGGUAGACACGUACGUCAAUGUUGGGGAGAUCCUACAGCUCAUUUCACCUUCCCCGGCCGUUACAGGAGCUUCUGCAACUGUCUCCACAAACGUAGCAAAAGGUCUAGCUGUGCUGUGUGAACUGGAUGAUAAAGCCACCAAACUAAUGGAGAUGGCCUUUAACAAAUAUCCCAACCUAAUGGUCGUUAGGUCUGAUAGAAGGAAGAGCUUCAUCGGUUGGAUGUUUUGCUCUUUGUCCAAUCUCCUUCAACUACUUUCAACGGCGUCCGCCGGCACCUUGGACGAGCCGAAGAUAAGUGAGAUUGAAGUUGUGCUUGGAGAGCUUGAGAGCUUUGGCUUUGAUCGUGGCUUCAUUAAUGAGAUGCGCGUGCAGGUGAGUGAGGCUUGGGAGGCUCGGUUAGCAAUAGACAAUGCCAGCUCUGAGUUGAAGACGCUGUGCACAAAGGCAGAAGAUCUUAGCCAAGAGAUUGCUAACAUGGAGCGUAAUUUAGCAGCGGCCAAAGCUGAGGCUGCACAGGUUGAAAACAGAAUAAGCACUUUGUGUGAAUUGGUAGAGGGGAAUCGCUCUCCUAUAUUUAAAUGGAUUGCAUAAGAUUAAGAAAGUGGUUGGAAGAUAAGUAUUUUGUGUCAUGUGCAUAUAAACCCCAUAAGUAUUUGCGAGCCUUAAUCAUAUAAAAAUGUUUUCAACGUGUUAAGCUAAACAUAUCGAGUUUUGUUAAUUUGGCAAGCGUUGCUCA